AAUACUAAUUAUAUAUAUAUAUAUAUAUUCGUUCUUCUCCACCUCCAAUUGCAAAUUCUGUAGCCGCCCAACUUCUUCUUCCCUCCAAUGGCCUCCCUUUCACAACCCAUUUAGGAGAUAGAUUAGUGACAGAGAUCUUCAAAAUUUUCCUGAAUUUUGAAGAUGGGUUCUCUGGUUUUGGCAAUGGGUUUUUGUAUCUGGUUUUGUUUCUUCACUUUCAACUUCAUUUCUGUGAACUCACAGAGUGGUGGAACUGUUGGAGGCACUGUUUUUGUAGAUGGGAAGAGAGGCAUUGGAAUAACAGACAGUGAUUUCAUUUGCGCAACUUUGGAUUGGUGGCCUCCUGACAAGUGUGAUUACGGGACUUGUAGCUGGGACCAUGCUUCUCUGCUCAAUCUGGAUCUCAAUAACAAUAUUUUCUUAAAUGCCGUAAAAGCUUUUUCACCACUGAAGAUUAGAUUGGGUGGCACUUUGCAAGAUAAGGUCAUCUAUGAAACUCAAGAUCAUUCGCCACCCUGCAUCCCAUUUUCUACAAACGCCUCAGAGUUGUUUGGUUUCACCAAGGGGUGCCUGCCCUUGUCCAGAUGGGAUGAACUUAACGCCUUCUUUAAUAAAUCCCGGGCUCGAGUUAUUUUUGGAUUGAAUGCUCUCAAUGGAAGAUCCAUUCAGGCUGAUGGUUCUGCGGCAGGAACUUGGGAUUACACAAAUGCCAAAUCUUUUAUCCGUUACACCGUCGAGAAGGGUUACACAAUCCAUGGAUGGGAGCUCGGAAAUGAAUUGAGUGGGAGCGGAGUCGGGGUCAGAGUUGCAGCCAAUCAAUAUGCCUCUGACACAAUUUUUCUACAAAACAUAGUGCACAAUAUUUACAAGGGUACUGAACCGAAGCCACUAAUCAUAGCGCCUGGAGGAUUCUUUGAUGCAACAUGGUUCAAAGAAUUCAUGAACGAAACCACCAAUUCCCUAGAUGUCAUCAGUCAUCACAUAUAUAAUCUUGGUCCAGGAGUGGAUGAACACUUGGUUAAAAAGAUUCUAGAUCCAGACUAUCUUGACGGCGAGGCAGAUACAUUUAGCAGGCUCCAAAGAACCCUCAAGAAUUCUCCAAACUCGCCAAUUGCGUGGGUAGGUGAGGCAGGAGGGGCUUACAACAGUGGCCGCAAUCUUGUCACCAAUGCCUUUGUGUUUAGUUUCUGGUAUUUGGAUCAACUUGGAAUGGCAUCUGCUUUUGACACAAAAACAUACUGCAGACAGUCUUUGAUCGGAGGAAACUAUGGUCUACUCAAUACUACUACCUUCGUGCCAAAUCCAGACUAUUACAGUGCACUUCUGUGGCACCGAUUAAUGGGAAGAAAAGCUCUAUCGACAAGCUUUUCAGGGACAAAGAAGAUACGCUCAUAUGCUCAUUGUGCAAAGCAUUCUCAAGGAAUUACAUUGCUAAUGAUCAACCUAGACAACUCCACCACUGUCGAGACUAAGCUAGCUUUGAAUAGAACUCGGACACUGCGACACAAACACAAGUCUCACAGUCACAAAACAAAGCCUAUUCAACUACUUCAAGGAAAAAAGAAAAGCAGAAUGACAAGAGAGGAGUACCAUUUGACAGCAAAGGACGGGAAUUUACACAGCCAGGUUAUGUUGCUUAAUGGGAAUGUUUUAACUGUAAAUUCGUCAGGGCAUAUACCCCCAUUGGAGCCUCAAUAUGUAAAUUCAUCGGAGCCCAUAACUGUUGCUCCUUUUUCUAUUUUGUUUGCUCACUUCCCAAAUGUUGUUCUUCAUGCUUGUAGGUAGGAGAGUAUAGAUUGAGCCAAAAUUAGUUCCAUUUAGUGAUUCAUCAAAAAAGAAAUAGAAUAUUAUGCAUUUUUUUAAAAACAAUUCUGGGUGAAGAUGAAAAUGCAAUUUUUUAAAGUAUCGUUUUAAUGUA